GUAACAUUGAAUCAAUUACAGGUUGCUGUUGCAGAGGCGCAUUUGUGUGAGUGGCCGUGGAGCAGGACGGAGGAGCGCAGCACAAGGGAGAGGAUUACUACUGCUUUACAACUGAGGACCCUUGGGCUGAUUAGAGUAUUUUACAAGAGCUUUGCCAUUCAUUUUGGCUGUUCUUUUAUCAAAGGGAACAACCAAAAGGGAUUAAAAAGCUGAGCACGAUCUAAGUGACCAUGGGGUUCCUGGAGACACAUCUCGUUUUGGGGAUUGUCUUACUAGGGGUAUUUUCAGAUGUUUCAAAACCUUGGCCGGUUAUUAAUUCAGAUAAAAAGGAAUUUAUUCUCAGACCUCAUUCUGAGUUCACCAUCACUUGCUCUGGAGAGAGGAGAGUAACAUGGGUUGAGCCUUUGCCGCCUAACAGUGAAGUGCAGUCCGGAAUUAAUCACAGUACUUUGGUGAUCACUGAUGCUGAGGCUGCUAACACAGGAUACUACACCUGUUUUUAUGAGGAUCAACCUGAAAAAGACACUGAUAUCUACAUUUUUGUUCUAGAUUCUGAGGUUCCAUUCGUGUCUGAACCUGCCGUUGAGACAGAUGAGAUGGGCACAACUGUCCCCUGCCGCUCUACAAACCCACAUUCUCAAGUGAUUCUCAGAAACCUGCAGAGUGGGGGUGAAGUUUCUCUGCUUUACGACCACAAAAUCGGCUUUUUCGGGUUCUUGUCACCAGGUCACUAUGUUUGCGAGACGAUCGUGAAUGGGAAAGCAGUGCAGAGCAUUGUUUAUAAUGUGGCAAAUCACACGGAUGCCAAAGAUGAUGCUGAUGAAGAUAAGAGCUUCAACAUAAAGCUGAGUGCCAGUAUGGAGGAUGUGAAAGAGGGGGAUGCUGUCAAUCUUACCUGCGAGACGCCUCCUGGGAAGGCUUUCCACCAGCAGUGGCUGCAUCCCCAAAAACAGGCCACAGAUGCUGUUCCAAUGAAGUUAACUUUCCCAGACAAGAUUCAGUACAUCCUCAACAUCCCGAAAGCCUCUGUGGCAGACACUGGACGCUAUGAGUGUGCUGUUACCAACCAGUUCACUGGACAAACCAAGUCUCUCAUCCUGGGAAUCACAGUCCACGAGAGCUCUUUUGUGGAAGUAAUAUCUAAUGGCAUUGGGCCAGUGGAGGUUGUGUCGCUUUUGGAGGAAAAAGAGUUCACUAUUUACAUUGAUGCUGACCCUGAGCCAAAGGUCAGGUGGUUUAAAGAUGACCUUCAGCUGGAUGACAGCUACAUCUCCACCAAGACCACUCAUCUGGAAGGCCUCAGGUAUGAGAAUAUUCUGGUUCUCCGUCACCCCAUAGAGGAGGACAGUGGCGUCUAUGAGAUUGUUGCAUCCACUGGUUCCAGGACUUCGAGAUUUUCAUUCAAACUUCUAGUUGAAGCCAUGUACCCAGAGCUGCCACAGUCAGUGCUGGCUCCAGUCAUGUGGCCCCAGAGGGACAGCAUGGAGGUGUCGCUCCACUCCACUUUCCGACUCACAUGUCGAGGUCAGGCCGAGCUCUCCUGGUACAGCCCUGUUUAUCUCCAUGAUCAGUUCGACACUGAAAAAAAAGCACUCUUCAUCUCCACUGUGACUGUUGGCAAUGCGACGGCCGCCCAUACAGGAAAAUACAUCUGCUACUAUGACUCCAGCAACAACACUGAGACCUCCAUCUAUAUUUAUGUUCCAGAUCCAGAAACGCCGUUUGUGCCAUCCAUGACCCUUUUUGAAAACCAUGUGCUGACGAGUCAUGAUGAAAUGGAGAUUCCCUGCCGUGUGACGGACCCCAGAGCCAGCGUCACUCUGAUUCACAUUGAGACCAAUCAGGUUCUGGCCAGUGUCUAUGACAGCAAGAGAGGAUUCAUUGGCCUCUUCAGCGCUGGGACGUAUGUCUGCAGGGCCCUCACUAACGGACAGACGCAUGACAGCAUAGAGUACAUCGUUCACGGCUGGACAGGAGGGUCUGAUGUGCAAGUCGAGCUGCGAGCAGAGAAGAAAGCUCUGCUGGUGGGUGAUACCAUCACUGUUGACUGUGUAGCCAGAAACAGUGAGAUACUGGAGGACCACUGGAAAUACCCUGGGAAGCUGGCGGGUCGAGGAGUAAAGACCGUAAAGGAGAAUAAGCGAGAUCUUGAGAUCCAUUAUACUCUGACAGUGACUAAUGCCUCACCAAAAGACAGUGGCGUCUACGCUUGCUCCAUCACUGAUGUUAAGAGCAAUGAGAGCCAAACCAAACAGCUCACUAUAACAGUCUAUGAUCAUGAGUUUGUGCACAUAAAUCCAGUGAUUGGUCCAGUGGAGACUACUAGGCUGGACGAGGUGCGAGAAUUCAGGAUGGACAUACAGUCUUUCCCCGCCCCCAAAGUAACAUGGUUAAAGGACGGAUCGGUCCUGGGAGAUGUUGCUGCAGAGAUCACCACCAACCUCCUAAAAAUCGAUGAGACCAGUUACCAAGGUGUGUUGACCCUGAUCAGGGCUAAAGCAGAGGACAGUGGGAACUAUACCAUAAGGGCAGAAACAGGCAGCCAGACUGCCAGCAACAGUUUCUACCUUCAGGUUAAAGUUCCCCCUGUGAUUGUGGACCUGAUGGACAUCCACCACGGCUCUGCUGCAGGUCAGGAAGUGGUGUGUACUGUUGGCGGCUCCCCCGCCCCUGACGUGGACUGGUAUAUCUGCAAAAACAUUAAACACUGUGCCAACGAUUCCUCCCAGUGGAUGCCACUUCCGAUCAACUCUACAGACAUCAAUGUGGAACUGCAAAUGGACGUAGACAACAACAUUGAGAGUCACAUCAUCUUCCACCAUCUUGAAAGCACAAUUGCUGUGCGCUGUCUGGCCAGGAAUGACAUGGGUGCUGUUUCACGGGAGGUUAAACUUGUGUCAAAUGGUCCGCACUCGGAGCUCACUGUGGCUGCUGCUGUUCUGGUGCUGCUGGUCAUUGUCAUCAUCUCACUCAUUGUGCUGGUCAUUAUCUGGAAACAGAAACCACGUUAUGAGAUCAGAUGGCGUGUGAUUGAAUCGGUCAGUCCGGACGGUCACGAGUACAUCUAUGUCGACCCCAUGCAGCUUCCAUAUGACUCCCGCUGGGAGUUCCCUCGGGAUUCACUUGUACUGGGUCGUGUCCUGGGCUCAGGAGCAUUUGGGAAAGUGGUGGAAGGCACUGCUUAUGGACUCAGUCGUUCUCAACCUGUGAUGAAAGUGGCAGUGAAAAUGCUUAAACCGACAGCACGCUCCAGUGAGAAACAGGCUUUGAUGUCAGAGCUGAAAAUUAUGACCCACCUGGGCCCUCACCUAAACAUCGUCAACCUUCUGGGAGCAUGCACCAAAUCAGGACCAAUCUACAUUAUCACAGAGUAUUGUUUCUAUGGAGACCUGGUGAAUUACCUACAUAAGAACAGAGAUGGGUUUCUCAGCCGCCACACAGAAAAGGCCAAAAAAGAGCUAGACAUCUUUGGCAUCAACCCAGCUGAUGAGAGUAGCAGGAGCUACGUCAUCCUGUCUUUUGAGGGGAAAGGUGACUAUAUGGACAUGAAGCAGGCAGACACCAUGCAGUACGUCCCCAUGCUGGAAAUGAGUGAAGCCUCAAAAUACUCCCCCAUCCAGAGAUCAGACUACGACCAUCCUCCCUCUAACAGACAGUUCAAUGAGAGUGAAGUUGAGAACCUUCUCUCAGAUGACACCAAUGAAGGCCUGACGACAGUGGACCUUCUCAGUUUCACCUAUCAGGUGGCUCGAGGGAUGGAGUUCUUGGCCUCUAAGAAUUGUGUACACAGAGACUUGGCUGCACGUAAUGUCCUGCUGUCUCAAGGCAAGAUAGUGAAGAUCUGUGACUUUGGACUGGCCAGAGACAUCAUGCAUGAUAACAACUACGUCUCCAAAGGAAGUACUUUCCUUCCAGUAAAAUGGAUGGCCCCUGAGAGUAUCUUUGAUAACUUGUACACUACACUCAGUGAUGUCUGGUCUUAUGGCAUCUUAUUAUGGGAGAUCUUCUCUCUUGGAGGGACUCCUUAUCCAGGUAUGGUUGUGGAUUCCAGCUUCUACAACAAGAUCAAGAGUGGAUACCGAAUGGCGAAACCCGAGCACGCUUCUAGUGAUGUCUAUGAGCUUAUGAUGAAGUGUUGGAACAGUGAACCAGAGAAGAGACCAUCUUUCCACAGCCUGAGUGAUACGGUGGCCUCUCUGCUGCCCUCAGGAUAUAAGAGGUGCUACGAACGCGUGAAUCAUGACUUCCUGAAGAGCGAUCACCCCGCUGUGACUCGGGUGCAGUGCGUUGACAAUGAUGAUGCAUACAUGGGUGUGCUCUACAAGAACCAGGGCAAACUGAAGGACCGCGAGAGCGGCUUUGAUGAACAGAGACUCAGCUCUGACAGCGGCUACAUCAUUCCUCUGCCGGACCUCGACCCGCUGUCAAAUGAAGACUACAGCAAGAGGAACCGCCACAGCUCUCAGACGUCGGAUGAAAGCGCAAUAGAGACCGGCUCUAGCAGCUCCAUGACAAAGCGUGAGGGAGAGACCCUGGAGGACAUCACCUUGCUGGACGAGAUGUGCUUGGACUCAGGAAACCUGGUGGAGGACAGUUUCCUGUGAGCAAAGAAAAGCGAGAGAGAGAGAGAGAGAGACAAACAUUCCUCUGAUUCAUUCCAAGUUCACAGAUCUCUCUCUGCAUCCUUCUGCCAUAUUUUCCUCACCUCAAUUUCUUGGAACCUUCAGAAAAAAAAAACUUUGAUGCGUGAAUGUCAUUGAUGUUUUUGGAUUAGACAUCGCCCUCUACAGGUCUGGAGGAAUGAGCAGUGCACCACAGGACUACAUGAGCGCUCUCGAUGGGCCUCAGUGAGUGUUUAAGUGACUCUAAUGGAGCUAAGACCAAUGAGGAGGGGAAUUGGAGGACAUAUUUGUUUUGUAUAUCAUUUCUGUAUGUUUGUAUUGUGUUUGUUUAUGUGUUUGAGUGUGUUGUAUGAACUUUAUUUUGACGGGCAUUCCGAUCAGCAAUAUAAGCAUGUCAUUUAUAAUCAUAUCAAUGACCUGAGUGGUUUCACAACUGCUACCUUUUAAAUGAAUCCAUCUGAGCUACAAAAAACCACUAUAGACAUUUAAAAACCAGUACAACUGAGUCAACAUGGUCUCUGUUUUGGAUCAGGCCAAGUGUUUUUUCACCUCACUCCCACAAUUUUACAGGAUCUAGUCUAGCAACUAAACAGCACAUAUAGGUUUAAUGUAACUGAUCAUAUAUUGUCAAUAUCUCAAUAAGUGUGGCAGUUUGAAAUUUAUUUUUGUACUGGAUAGUUUUUGUUUGGAUAGUAUGGAUAUAUUAUUUGUGAAUACUGGGUUAGGUAGGGAGAAAUUAUGUAGUCCUAAAUGAAGAAAAUGGCAACUGUGUUUUGACCUGUGAGUCGCAUGUUUUUUUUGUGACUUCAACCUUUAUAAGAUGCUGAUAUGACUCUAUUUAAAACAUCUUUAUGUCUGGCCAAAGUUUUUACCGAACUAUAAUGUCAGUCUGAGGUAUUACUGCUAUUCAAAGCUAUGCUUUUGUAAAAGCCGAUUCAAAUGUAAUGACUUGUUUCAUGAAGUUUCACACUGUCAUAGUUUUCAAAGUUUGUACGCCAAUCUAGUAAUGAGGAAAGACUUUGGGGUUCAGUUAAAUUACUUGCUCAUGUUUGAAAGUCGGUACCUUUUUCUGUUUCCUCAUAUUCUGCUCCAAGUUUUACCUUCCUGUGCAUCAGAUUUUACAUGUGAGCAUUAAACCAAAUAAGAUAAUGGAGAUAAUCAUGCCCUGACAGAUGUGGUAGUUUGCUGCUUGUGAAGAUUUAUAUGACCUCCCUAAAGCAAAGCAAUUGAAAAUCACAGUGUAGAUUUACACAUAGCCAAAUCCUGUAGUCUUGAAGCAUCUUAGAGACACGUCAUUUAGAUCUUUACUUUGAUGUUAUACAUCACUGUUCAUUGUAAAUGUGUAUCAUUGUAUAUCAGGACUUCAGCAUAUCACUGCCUGCCCCCCGUCUUCACCCUCUACUGUGGUCUUUCACAGGCACGUCGAGAGGAGAUAUAUAUUAAAACUGUUGCACUUUUAAAAACUCUUCUUUUUAAAAAUGUCAUUCUAGCAUUUCUUUGUUCUGCUUUGUGUGUGUGUAGACGUUCAAAAUUUGUCUGUGUGGAAAAAAGGAAGGUAAAUGAUUUCUAAAGAGACAGUAGAGUGAAUGUUCUUGUGCAGGAAGAGGGGAAACAGAGGAGAGGUAUGAAGUAUAUUCUAUGGUACAAUAUGUGUAAUUCUAGGUAGUUAUUCCCUUUAACAGAUGUUAUUCUUUUGCUAUAAUAUGCAUUAUGACCAUGUACAUUGAAAAGAUUUAUAUUUCAAUAAAUGAGAUUUAAUGAA